AGAAAAGAUAAUACUAGAAUGACACCGAAUUAAGUAUGUAUGGACAGGGUAUAUUACAAAGGAUGAAUGGAUGUCUGGCAUGAAAUCACUAGAUUCUGAUUCACUUGAAAAACUGCAACAAAAAAGGCCUGAAUUUGAAAGAGUAUUUGAGGAUUCAGACCAGUUUAAAGAAAUGUAUAGGUACACUUUUGGUUAUGCCAAAAACAACGAUCAAAAGUGCAUAGAAGUUGAGACUGCAUCUGUCUUAUGGACAAUGCUACUCAGUGAUAGAUAUCCCAUUGUACAUGAAUUUAUAGCGUUCUUACAGGACAAAGCACCAGUUAAAGUGAUAAACAGAGAUCAAUGGAAUAGCUUUCUAGAAUUUGUAUCGACUGAUUUAUCCGACUAUGAUGAAUCAUUAGCAUGGCCAGUAUUAUUUGAUGAGUUUGUAGAAUGGAGAACAAUGACUAAAUAAAGCUGAGGUUUUCAAGUGACACAAAGUAUGUCUAUUCAGGGAAUUUACUUUCAACUAAACCUCAUGUUAUUCACUGGUAAUACAGUCUUCGA